UCGGGUUCCAAAGGUUGAACCCUAUUGGUCAAUUCAAGCCCGUUAAGGAAAUGCCCGAAAACGCUACGGGAUAGGUACUCGAAAGCGCCGUAAAUCUCCCCGCGAAUCCCUUCAAGGCACUACUAUCCAGUAUAUAUAUAACAAUGGGCUCAUUCCAACAUCUAGGCCGGAAUUCUAACAUCAGUUCUGAUGUAUUUUCAUUCAUAUCAGUAUUAUAGCUACAAUGGUUAAAAUUGUCAUUGCUGGAGGCUCAGGAGAAGUCGCUCGGGAGGUCGUUGAUGCACUAGCGGCUCCUAAGAAACACGACAUUACUAUCUUGAGCAGGAAGGAGGUGGGAGUUCAAGGCAGCAAUAGGCAUGGUAUUACAUGGCGUCGGGUCGAUUACGAAAACAGAGACGAACUGGUUGCAGUCUUGCGUGGCAUUGACACCGUGCUGUCCUUCAUUCAGCUCCUUCAGGACCCAGGGAAUAAGGCGCAGAAGAAUCUGAUCGAUGCCGCGAUCAUAUCUGGCGUGAAGCGCUUUGCGCCGAGCGAGUGGGGAAGUCGUAGCGGUGUAGGGAUGCCUUGGUGGACGGGCAAAGACGAGAUUAAGGAGUAUUUGAGAAGGGUAAACGAGAAUGGAAAAGUCCUAGAAUACUGUCUCUUCCAGCCUGGCUUGUUCUUGAACUAUCUUGCUACCCCGCAUAAGACCUCUAAGCAUUUGACACCACUUAAUGCCUUUAUCGAUCUUCAGAACCGACGCGCUAUUGUCGUUAAGGGGCACGAUUCUAUCAUGACUUAUACCACUGUCCAAGACUUGGCAGCAGUCGUAGCUCAAGCAGUCGACUUCGAAGGCGAAUGGCCGCUAAUUGGUGGUAUCAGGGGUAAUAGCCUUCCCGUCUCGAAAAUUAUCGAGAUUAGCGAGCAAGUCCGAGGGGGCCCUUUUACGGUUGAUACAGUUGAAUUAGAAGACCUCGAAGCCGGAAAUCUAACAGCGUCGUGGAAGUUGGAGGCGCGCCAUCCUAGCAUUGCAUACGAGGAAGCAGCAAAUAUGCUGAAAGGCGUGCUCGUAGGUAUGCUCUUGAGUAGUGCUAAGGGUGCUUGGGACAUAUCAGACGAGUGGAAUCAGCGACUACCGGACUACAAGUUCACCGAGAUUGAACAGUUCUUGGGUGAGGUGUGGAAGGGAAAGCCGUAGUGGAUUAGCGACUGCAUAAAUUACCUAUCUAUGGAUUUCUAGAUUGAGUCCAUGUAUGUACAAGAGAUGAAGGAUUUAAUCUUCUAGACUUGGAAUAGGAGGGAGGUUAUUUUUAGAGAUAGUUAUAUCGACUAAUAGUCGUAGUUAUUAAGGAUAGUGAUAGUUUAGCUUAUCCUACACUUUUCACCAACCC